GGGAUUUGGCGCAGGCGCAGUCCGCGCGAGACUUCACUGGCGCAUGCGUAGCGGGUGCGAGUGGCGACCGCCAUGGACGACGAGGAGGAGACGUACCGGCUCUGGAAAAUCCGCAAGACCAUCAUGCAGCUAUGCCAUGACCGUGGCUACUUAGUGACCCAGGAUGAGCUUGACCAGACGCUGGAGGAGUUCAAAGCCCAGUUUGGGGACAAGCCGAGCGAGGGGCGGCCGCGGCGAACAGACCUCACCGUGCUGGUGGCACACAACGAUGACCCCACCGACCAGAUGUUUGUGUUCUUUCCAGAGGAGCCCAAGGUAGGCAUCAAGACCAUCAAGGUGUACUGCCAGCGCAUGCAGGAGGAGAACAUCACCCGGGCCCUCAUCGUGGUGCAGCAGGGGAUGACGCCCUCCGCCAAGCAGUCACUGGUUGACAUGGCUCCCAAGUACAUCCUGGAGCAGUUUCUGCAGCAGGAGCUGCUCAUCAACAUCACAGAGCACGAGCUGGUCCCCGAGCACGUCGUCAUGACCAAGGAAGAAGUGACGGAGCUGCUGGCCCGAUAUAAGCUCCGAGAGAACCAGCUGCCCAGGAUCCAGGCGGGAGACCCCGUGGCUCGAUACUUCGGGAUAAAGCGUGGCCAGGUGGUGAAGAUCAUCCGGCCCAGCGAGACUGCCGGCAGGUACAUCACCUACCGGCUGGUGCAGUAGCCGCCACCCUGUGCAGGAGCCCAGUGCGAUCCGCCCACCGCGGAGCCUCAUGGUGGGCAGUGGGGCCUGCAGCACGUUGUUAGACUGGUUGGUGUUGAACCCUGAGAGCUUCAGAGCUGGGCCCUCGUCGUCCCCGUGCUCGUCCUCCCUGGCCACGGCCUCCAGCUGCUCUUCGCUCCCACUGUGACUGCCAGAAGCCUCCUCCAGGCUGGCCUCGUGCUGGUGCUGCUCCAGGAAGCUGAGGCGGCGCAGGGCACUGGCCUCCGACGAGGACAGCAGCUCGGAGGCCUCCUCCAGGUCCGAGUCAGAGUCGUUGGACACAACUCGGGGUUCUGAGGAAGGGAGACGGAGGGAGAGACUGAUGAGAAACAGCAGAGGAAGGAGAGGAGUGUUGAUACGGUCUGGCUCCGAGUCUGACCCAAGUCUCAUCCUGGAGCUCCCAUGACUCCUGCCUGGUGGGAAAUGGUUCAGUCGUGGGGCAGGUCCCGUGCUGUUCUCAUGAUACUAAGUCUCACAAGAUCUGGUAGUCUUUAAAAACUGGAGCCGGGGUGCGGUGGCUCAUGCUGGACAUCCAGCACUUUGGGAGGCUGAGGUGG